AUGGUCCUGGUACUGUUACCCUGUCCCCAUCGGCCAUUUACUACACCAAAACUGAGGGGGACACGUUACCGGACAUCACCUGUACAGCUGAGUGUAGACCUGACUGUACCUUUGUCUGGACAAAACCUGACAACAGCAACUUUACUGCCUCAGAUGUGUUGUCACUGGGACAACUGGACAGAUCAGAACACGGGACGUACAUAUGUACGGCUAGGAAUGUUGCCGGGGAGUUAACUACACGUGUAUUUGUUUCUGUGAUGUACGGUCCAUCAGCUGCGGGUUUGUCACCACCAGCUACAUCCUACACUUUAACAGAAAGACAAACUAUCUCUACCGUCACGUGUUCGUCUGACUGUUACCCAGUCUGUACCUACAGAUGGACAAAGAAUGGACAGUCCCACACAACAGGGUCAGGUCUUCAUCUAAACAAUAUACAACGUGGUCAGACGGGCGAAUACAGGUGUACGGCCAGUAACGAAUACGGGAGUCAGACAUCUAGUGAGGUCACCGUCAUCGUCAACUACGGUCCUGAUACUGUUACCCUGUCCCCACCUGACACUACCUACACCAGGACUGAGGGUGACACGUUUCAGGACAUCACCUGUACAGCUGACUGUAGACCUGGCUGUACCUUUGUCUGGACCAAACCUGACAACACCAACUUUACUGCCUCAGCUGUGUUGUCUCUUGAACAACUGGACAGGUCAGAACACGGGCCAUACAGAUGCACUGCUGGGAAUGUUAUUGGAACGUCAAUGACGACAACAACUGUUACCGUGCAGUAUGGGCCAGGAGACAGCAUAACGUUCGAACCGAUGCAAGAUGUAGCAGAGAGAGUUGAAAACCAGACCGUCCCAAACAUAAAAUGCUUUGUUGACUGUAGACCGCCAUGUAUGUAUAGCUGGUCCAAAUCAGGUAAAGUUCGUCCAAAUCCACUGUCUCUGUCGAAGGUCACGAGGAACAACGCUGGAAUAUACACGUGUACAGCUCACAACACCAUCAGCCGAGGAACAAAAAGCUGGCAACUAAUCGUCAAUUACGGUCCCGGUACUGUAACCCUGUUCCCAGCGGCCACUACCUACAUCAGGACUGAAGGGAACACGUUACCGGACAUCACCUGUAAAGCUGAGUGUAGACCUGACUGUACCUUUGUCUGGACAAAACCUGACAACACCAACUUUACUGCCUCAGCUGUUUUGUCUCUUGAACACCUGGACAGGUCAGAACAAGGGUCAUACAGAUGUACUGCUGGGAAUGCUGUUGGAGCGUCAAUGACAACAACAACUGUUACCGUACAGUUUCCUCCUGCAAUAGACAGCCUUGGGUACAAUCAAGGAGACGCUGAUGUGAUGGAACAUGGAUCCAAGACGCUCAUUUGUAAGGUGGAGAGUGUCCCAUCGUCUACAAUAACAUGGUACUACAAAAACAAUGACACGCAACUGUUAACCAUCACAGAUGUACUGGAGAGUAGCUUCACGCUGACUUCUGCUGGCUGUUUUGACACAGGACUGUACACCUGUUCUGCACGGAACAGUGUCUCUAACACAUCGGUUACCAAGGACAUAAGGAUCAACGUUUUGUGUUCGCCGCGCCUUGAUCCAAGAGUGUUCACAGUCCGAAAACUGGGUUUGGCCACUCAUGAUCAUCUAACUAUGAAUGCCAUGUUUCUUUCGAACCCGAAACCGUCAUCGUUCACAUGGACUUUCCAAAACUCUUCACAUACUUCUUUUACUGAGCUAAACAACGGGACAGACAACUUUGUUAUACAUAAUACACAUUUUACAUCAAACCUGUCAGCUUUGUCAGUGGGGACACGUGCGAACAUACAGGAGGCCUGGUUUGGAUUAUAUAAUGUAACGGCCACAAACAGUGAGGGCAACGGGACACUCACUUUCACAGUUGCUGCUAAAGGAAAACCAAAUCCCCCGUAUGAAGGUAGAGCUGUGUGUCCAAAUACAGAUCGUGUCAUCUUAAGCUGGAGAUCGGCAUUCAACGGGGGAGCUGACCAGACAUUCGCUGUUGGAAGAAGGGAAAGUGAAAAGGACAACUUUGUUAUUGAACAAACCCUCGAAAAAUUGCAGGACCCGGGGCAGCACCGAAUCAUCAAUAUAACGGUAUCUGACCUUACACCUGGCACACAGCAUUUUUUCACAGUGUAUGCUGUGAAUGUUUUUGGGAACUCGACAUUUAUAAAGGACGUAAGCUGCGCUACGAAAGUUGCAGAAUCCUCCUCUGAGAACUCUCUUUUAAUAGCGAUACUUGGCGGAGUGGGUGGAUCUGUGGUUGCUAUCAUUGUUUUAGCUGUUAUAGUUGUAAUCAUUAUAACGAAGAGAAGGUCAUCUGGAAAACACACAAGAGAUGAGGAUACUGAGAUGGUCCCAAGGGAUAGGAGAUCCGCCGAAGAUGAUAGUAAAGAUGGCAUGAAACCCAAUAUUCUGUAUGAAUCAUCGGAUGGACUCCAGAACAACAUUCUAUACGAGUCCGGUGAGGCUCAACCAGGAACUUCCUCGGACUAUGCUGUUGUUCAGAAACCUUCAAAAGGAAAACCUGGAUCGCCAGACGCAGUUGAUGCUGUUGUGAACAAACCGAAGACUGAACAACUCCAAAACGUUAACGAUGUGUAUGCAGAAGUUAAAAAACCAAAAACCAAAUUAGGCAAAGGAAAACAAAAAGAAGGGGUAAAGAAGCAAACAGUUGGACUCCAGAACAACAUUCUAUACGAGUCCGGUGAGGCUCAACCAGGAACUUCCUCGGACUAUGCUGUUGUUCAGAAACCUUCAAAAGGAAAACCUGGAUCGCCAGACGCAGUUGAUGCUGUUGUGAACAAACCGAAGACUGAACAACUCCAAAACGUUAACGAUGUGUAUGCAGAAGUUAAAAAACCAAAAACCAAAUUAGGCAAAGGAAAACAAAAAGAAGGGGUAAAGAAGCAAACAGUUGGACUCCAGAACAACAUUCUAUACGAGUCCGUUGACGCUCAACCAGGAACUUCCUCGGAAUAUGCUGUUGUUCAGAAACCUUCAAAGGGAAAGCCUGGAUCGCCAGACGCAGUUGAUGCUGUUGUGAACAAACCGAAGACUGAACAACUCGAAAACGUUAACGAUGUGUAUGCAGAAGUUAAAAAACCAAAAAACAAAUUAGGCAAAGGAAAACAAAAAGAAGGGGAAAAGAAGCAAACAGAAUUCGAAUUCAAAGAUGACAAUCAAAACGGCAGAAACUUCAUUAUCCAUGGUAUCGAAAACAAAACUGACUACGCAGAUGUCGAUUUCACGAAACAUGCGCCUCCCCUGCCACCAGACAAUGAAGAAGAGCAGCAACCAGCGGAAACCAAAAACGACUAAUGUGAUCUGCUUUUGUUGAAUAACAGCAACAUCAAAGGAAACCAAACAAUAUUUUCGCUUAGAUAUUAAUCCACCUUUAAUUUGCCUAAAUAUACAUCUCAUAACACUGUGGUUCACAAAUGUUUUCGUUUGUGACCUCCAAAUGCAUAUUGCCUUUAACAAUUUCUUAUUCUAUUAAUUGUGCGAUAAUUAACUGUGCGUUAUGCAUGAGAUUUGGCAGAAUUAUAUAUUAAAUAGAAUAGUAUGUAUCUCUGCAGUAAAGAAUAUGAUAAUAAUAUGUAUGUGCCUCAACAUAUUGGGAUAAACAUAUAACAUGUGGGAUUUUCCAUACGUAAGCUUAAUACCUAAAAUAAACUGUUAAAAAGUGCAUUUUAACACGGGUAAAAAAAGAGUCUUAAUAAUUAACCACAUAGGCUACCAACUUUAAUUACACUACUUCUCCUCUAGAUAUUGCUGGUCAAUGUGAAAGGUCAAAGUUUGUCUUGUGCAUAUCUCACAUAAUAUUCAAACUUGAAUAUUCAUAUUUUAUAUGGAAGUACAUAUUUGGAUAGCGGAGUAUAUGGUAUAAAAAGUUGGUAACUGUGACCUUAGUUUUGACCUUUGAAUAAAAGAAACCCAGAUAUUUCUGAUGAUGGUGAAGUGAAGUUAACGAAAAGAAGGUCACUGUGAUAUAUGUUUGACCUCUGGUUUUUAAAAUUUGUCGAAAGCCUGUCUUACAUACUAUUUCAACUAGAGUAACCAAAUUGGUAUGCAGAUAUAUCCUGAGAUGAUAGGAUUUCUGUAUGAAAAUUGCUGAUUAUAGUCAAUAAAAAAACAUAUUUGGUAUCGGGAUACUUUCUUUACAGUAAGCUGCUCAUGAUAUAUGCUCGGUAAAUGGUUUUGUCUUGUUCUUAAUAGCCAUGUAAUAUUCAGAACCUAUACAAACAGAAUUACACUUAUACUGAACUAUACCUUUACAUUCAGUUAGGUCUACGCUUUAAAUCAAUUCGUCGUAUUUUGUAAAACCACAUAUAUCUCAAUUCGGUUUAAACUGAAAUUACUUGACAAAUUAAGUUUUUUAACUUACCUGGUCCGAAGGACCAGCGAGUCCAAGCUGUGGCGUAGCGUCCGUCAUCCACCCGUCCAUCUGUCAUUUUUUCCUUUCAAGUUCAAUAACCCCCCUUAAAAUGUUAAAGUCAUCCAAAAUUCCAACCUCUUUAUAUUUAUAAAUCGUUGCACCAUAAGUUAAAUAAAGGCUCUCCUUCUAUUCGGAAGAAGGAUCAACCAACUUUGAUAUAUAGUUCUUUUGCCAAAUGGGAUUCAAUGUUUUAUAAACCAAGUGAGUCCCUACGGGAACGGAGGGGACCAAAUAAGGUAAGGGUGAGACAAAGUCAAUAUUUGAAUGUAUUAUAUUUGCUGUAUGAUAUUUAAUGAACAUUUUUUGCCAUGAAUGCUAAAUUUCAGGGUGGUCUAUACAGGCCGUCAAGGUCUUUUGUUUAAUUGCAUGCUCGUUUAGUUUAUAGUGUGGCUGUUUUUUAACACACAUACUUAAGGAUUGGCCUGCAUUUUGACGGCGCAUACGGUAAUAUGAACGCAGUUGACAACGAACAUAUUCCGCUCAAUACAGAAUAUGUGUGUUGCAAACUACGUUCAUACUAUUGUUUGCGCUGUCGAAAUGAAGGUCAAUCCUCACAUUGUCACCAUAAAUAAUAGAAAGAAAAGGAAAUUCGAAGCGGUUUGUUUGGAUGGUAACUACGCUAGCCGUGGUUUUAGGAUAAUAUAGUGCCAGUGAAUCUACAUCAAAAUAUGGGUAAGUUUAGAAAAUAUGCUGUGAACAACACUAUUUUUCUUCUUUUCAUCACUUUUAAAUUUGAAAUCAAGAAAUAUUAGUAUCACUUGGAACAUAUGUAUUAAUGUAUAACGGUCGUUAAGUACAUUCAUUGAUACACUGCUCUGGCAGUUGAACGUCGCAAAAGAAAGCCGCCGUUGUUUUCUUUUCCGUAAAAGAAUUUCGAAUGUGCAUCCAUGGAAUAAGAACUUUGCCAGCAUCCCUUUAUUGUUUAAUCAGACAAAAUGGAUCCCGAAUAUGUUCUAUGUUUCAAGAUGAUGAAGGAAACAAACAAAGGCUGCCAUCGGACAGUUAUCUCGCUGAAGCUUGAACGGUGCCAUAUUUGAAACAGGAAUCAAUCCGCUGAGCCUUUUGUCAUUGCGUAUAUGCUAAUUUAUACGUCGUUUGAGUCUUGCAAAGCUGAAAAAGGGAGAUAUGUAAAUAUAAAUAAUUACAACUGUGUUUUUGCUGAAUUGAACAGUUUGAGAAAUAAUAUAUUUGAAUUAUGUUUGAAAUUCGUUCCGUUUACAUAUUAUGCAUGCAUGUACUAUUAAAAUAUGUUAUCAAGUCAUAUAUUCAUAUGUUCAACAAUUGUCAACUUUCUCCGGUUUACCAAAUUGUCAAUCAUGUUUGGUCUUGAAAUGAUGAUGGCCAUCACAGACAUUUUCCAUUUUUCUUUUGUCUUUUUUUUAUUGAUGUUACUUCAACGACUAUUGUCCGAAUAUUAUGUUAAUUUACGGAUUGCCUGACAACGUAUUGCUUAUAUAUGUAUUCUGUUGACUGAAUAUAGUUUCAAUACAAUCAGCAUCAUCCAUGAUACUUUAAGAUCAAAAGUGUCAUUUACCUUUGUAAGCCCUUCGAUCAAUCAUCGAUUAAAUAUUCUACAUAUGUAUGAAUAAAAAGUAUGCCUGCAUCAUAAAUAACAUAUAUCGCCUUAAUAAUGUAGAUUUUUAAAAAUGUCAACGUAUGUCAUAAAAUAUUUGUAUGAUGCUUUUACGUAUUAUUCAAAUAGAUUGGUUCUGAGUGUUCACUUUAUCCAAAUAUUCAAGAAAUAAAACCAGCAUCAGUGAAAAGGAAUAUCAAGAUCAGCUAUUAACGUGCACCACAACCUUAAAAUGGCACAUAUUGAAGUUAUUCAAAAAAGCGGUAGACAAAUUGUUAAAAUUAAAACUGAAAAUGAAGUAUAACAGUAAUAAUAUCCAUUUGGUCAUCCAUAUUUUCUCAUUCUAAAAGAAUUGUUAAAUGAAGUCGGAUGCUUUACCAGUGCAGGUU